AGAUUGUGUAUAAAAGGGACCUCAAACCCUCCAACAAUUAUUCAUCAUCAUAUAAUAUAAACUCAUUUCUAUCUCAACCUUAUUAAGAACACACAUGAAGAUGGCCUUUCAACUCAUCUUCUUCACCUUCUUCUUCACAGCCCUAAUUUUCAGCAGUUUGCCAUCCAACUAUGCUCACUCUCACUACCCCAUCGACAUCGGGCCGGCAAUGGUAAGGAAUUUGGACAAAGAAUUCCAAGACAGCAACACUAUUCCGGGCAUUUCUCACAUCACCGUCGCCGGCGCCGUUCUCCACGGCUUCAACGAGAUUGAGGUGUGGAUGGAGACGGCGGCGCCGGGGGGCAGCACGCCUGUGCACCGCCACGCCUGCGAGGAGGUGUUCGUGGUGCUGAAAGGCAGCGGCACUCUCUACGUCGCCUCCAACGCCUCCGACAGCGACGGCGGAAAAGUGUUUCCCGGCCGCCCAGAGACGAUGCACUUCUCGGUCAACUCGACGUUCCACGUGGCGCCAGAUGUCGUCCACCAAGUGCUCAACACAGACCCCCACCAAGACCUGCAUCUUCUCGUCGUCGUCUCCAAACCGCCCAUCAAAGUGAUGAUGUACGAGGACUGGACAACGCCGCACAAUGAGGCGCAGCUGAUGAACCCUUUUGUAUGGGACGCUAGGUACGUCGUCGCCGAUCAAACCUCGUCGGCCCAAGAAAUUUAGUUUGAUCCGCCGCCGGCGCCAGCGGCGGACAAUCGGAGAACUAUAUAUAUAUAUAUAUAUUUAUGCAAUUAAUCGUGAGUUCCAAUGAAAAUGAUGAUGCAUAAUCUAAUCAUCUUAUAAUUAAUUAAUUAAGUAAAUCCAACGUACGAUACAAAUAGCAAGCAGACAGAUUAUGCGAUGAUGAAUUUGAUGAUGAUAAUGAUGUCUUGGACUUUCGUUUCCUCGUAAUAGUAGCAAUAAAAGUGUUGGUUUU